CUAGAACCUACUCACUCAGAACUCUUCAAUUCAUCUAAUUGCCAUGUUUGACUUCGAUGGCAAGGUGCGUGGCAGCGGAUCCCGCGUGGAUCUCAGUGGGCGAGGGCGCAAAGGGCCCCGGCAAGCGCCGGAGGAGAGUCGUUCCGAUUUCGUGAAGCGCCAACACCAAGAGCGCGAGGCCCGCGAGCGGAAGAGGAUCCGUGAAGCCGCCUCGCGACACAUUCAGGCCGUCUACCGGGGCCAUCGAUGCCGCCGAGCCCAACAGGCCGAGAAGCGGCAGGUCUUCGACAAGCGCUAUGCGGACAUCAGCAAGGUGAGUGGCGUACUUCCUGCGCCGCAGAAAGCCAAGUUUGUCUUCCAGUUGCUGGUGCCUAUGCUACGGCUCUUCGCUUUCUUCUUCAGGAAGGACCAGGACGAAGAGCGCUUGUUGGCGAUGGCCGAGCUGGUCCACUUCUCCAGCACGCAAGCGGAGAGUUGCAACUUCUUGCGGAUUUUCCUCAUGGAUGAGUCGCAGUUGCCAAAAGACUCAUCACGGCAGGGCGCACUCUCUCUUUUGGAGAAGCUCUUUUGGGCACUGCUCAGCUGCCAGAGAAACGUCGAUGUGUUGAAGCUGCUGAAAGCUGUGCAGCAGGCACUGUUCUCUCCAAGCCCUGACUACAAGCCGCUCGGGUCCAUCUCCGGGGCGGUGGUCGCUCAUUUGCUGCGGAGGACGCCGAUUUUCCAGGUGCUCCCGCCGCUGUGCCAGUCUGGCCAACUUCUCCAGGCUGCGGAUGUGGUGCUUUUGAUGUGCUCAGGCUUGGAAGCCGUCAGCUUGGAGACGGUGGAAGCCUCCCUCCGCACGCGUCAGGAGUUGUUGACCGAGCUCCUUUCCACUCCGAACUUGGUGGAGGCUUUGUGCAAGGACCUCAGCCAUCCGAUCGCGGUUGCGAGCCUACGUCGUUUGUCCAGUUUGCUGGUCCACACCGCUGGAGUGCUGGCGACGAAAGAGAGGCCAACGGCAGCUCCCCUCUUGGUAAACAUCGCGACCUUGCUGGAGCGCUUCGCCUUGAAAAUGACGAGCCCUGCGGUGUGCGUAGGGGCUGAGCUCCUAGCGCUCUUGACGUGGCUCUCCUGGGCCAAGGAGUCCCUCUCAGGGGAGGAGGCCAAGCCGGGCUCCGCCACGCUCGCGCGGCUGCACCGUGGUAGCUUCGUGAGGACAUUGCUGUCCGCUGUAGGCGGUUCUUCGCGCGAGGAUGUGCUACUGGCCGUGUGCCGCUUGUACUUUGCGCCGUCCAGCGGUGCAGAGUCUGAGGUGGAUCCUCCACUGGAGGUCUUGCAGACCUUGGCCUUCGCCACCCCGUUGGCCGAGCGGCUCUUCCCCAGCUUCCACGGCCUCAUGAGGAAUCGCAGUACGGAGGCGAUCUUCCAAGCGCUUCAGCCGCCCAGUUUGGCCAACGCGGAGGCCAUCCGGUUGCGGGUCUUCUGCUGCGUCUAUGCCGUACAACUCCAACCCAUGUACGACUACGAGUUCUUCGGCGAAGCCAAUCCCCUACGACUAGAAGAGGUGAAGGAGUUGCUCCCUUUCCUGAACCGCUUGGCCUACCACUUUGUGACUGCCAUGCCGGACCAGGCAUCCCUUCUUCCAGCGGCCAAAGCCCUGCGCACGAGCCUGACGUCCUUGAUCAACUUAUUGUACCAUCGGCACCAGCGGCGGCCCAUCCUUGACAGUGAUCACGACUGGAUCCUUCCGGAGUCCCGGACACUGCUGCGUCGGGCGCCCUCGGCACUGAACCUGGGCACCGCCCUGGGAGUCCCAGAGACGGAAGAGGCGGAGGACGAGCCGGAAGCCAUGGAGGUGGACGAAUCCGGUGAGAUGGGCGAGUUCCCAGAGGCUCGAUGUGUUGGAAGCAGUGCGACGUCCUCGGUGGCCUUGGCCGAGAAAGCGCUUCAGGCGGUGCUUGCCGAGAUGCCGCACGUGCUGCCCUUCGAGGAUCGAGUGUCCAUCCUGCACAAUGCCAUCCUAGCCGAUCAGGAUCAGCGAAGAGCCUUUCGCGGCCCAUGGGGGUUGUCAACCUUGGACAAGCGGCAGAUCCGCCGGAACCAUCUGGUGGACGACGGCAUCGCUGCCUUCGAAGGCUUGGACGAAGCCGCUUUGCGGGACACCUUCCGUGUGGAGUUCGUGGCGCCUGAUGGCACCCUGGAGUCCGGCGUGGACGGGGGAGGCCUCUUCAAGGAGUUCAUGAUCCACAUUUGCCGAGAGAUGUUUGAUCCGGAGUUUGGGCUUUUCAGGGCCACCGAGUCCCACUCCUUGUACCCCAGCAGUGAGGCCUUCACUCAGUUUCCACAAGCGGCUGACCUGUACAUAUUCCUUGGGAAGGUUGUUGGGAAGGCGAUCUACGAGAUGAUCCUUUUGGAACCUCAGUUCAGCCGGGUGUUUCUCAACCGAGUGCUCGGUCGAAUCAACGAGGUGGAUGACAUCGCGUCCUUGGACAAAGAGCUCCACCGCAACAUGCUGCAGAUCAAGGAGUGUCCAGAUGUGGAGGCGUUGGGGAUCACCUUCAGCAUUUCAGUCACCGAAAAAGGCAUGCACAAGGAUAUCAAUCUCAUCCCCAAUGGCAGCAACACGCCAGUGACACGUGAAAACCUCACCCGUUACUUGCACCUCAUGGCCAACUAUAGGACGAACAUCCAAUUCCAACGGCACACGGCGGCCUUCCUGAGCGGUUUGCAGAAGGUGAUCCCUGUGACAUGGCUGAAGAUGUUCGAUCCAUAUGAGUUGAACACUUUGGUCUCCGGCGACCUCCGAGAGACUGGCUUCGACGUGGCCGACUUGCGCGCGAACACCGUGCUCUCUGGCGGCUAUGAGGAGGAUAGUCCUUGCGUGCGUUGGCUUUGGAGAUUGUUGCAAGAAGAACUUGGUGCCGAAGAUCUGGGUCGAUUUCUCAUGUUCGUGACCUCCUGUAGCCGAGCGCCGCUUUUGGGGUUCAAAAACUUGAACCCCAAGUUCUGCGUGCACCGCGUUCCCGACGGCGAACGACUUCCCACCAGCGCCACGUGCGCCAAUCUUUUGAAGUUGCCCGACUACACCAGCUACCAGUCCUUGAAGACCAAGGUCCUCCAAGCCAUCCGUGCAGAGGCCGGCUUUGAUUUGAGCUGAGAUGGUGCCCUCUUUCGGGCGGAAUUGAUGCCCCAUAAGUUCAUAGAGAUCAGGAUUGGUGAUACU